GCUCUCACCAGCUGACUGAUUGCCCCCCGCCAGCCCAGGGGAGUGUAAUGCGCACAGUCUGUCUGCUCCGUGACUCUCUGCCUCAGUGGGAAGGGAAUCGCCUUUGGCUGGGCCGGCCCUGCCAGCAGUCGGCUGGGCACGUCCAUGCACGGUGGCACGGAGAGGAAGAGCCAGGUAACAGAGUCUGGCCCUCAGAGCUGGAGGUGAAGUGCUUUAACACCAGGAAUUGGGAGACAAAGGGCUGUUCACAGGCCGUGGUGCCCCAGCGGCCUGCCAGAGCUGUCCUGUGCUGCCUGUCUCAGCGGGCUGCCUCCUGGACCUGCCGAAUCACCCAGACUGAGGGGCCUGAGUCUUGUCCUGUUGGUGCCAUUGGCAGGAGCAGGCCUGACAAACCACCCGCUCUGGCUAACCUCCCAGCCGGGGGCCUGCAGGCCCUGCCCUGCUCAGGAAGAAUAGUGCACCUGUGUCUGCGCAAGGCUGACCAGAGGCUCGUGAUCAUUAAGCAGAUCCCUGUGGAGCAGAUGACAAAGGACGAGCGGCUCGCAGCACAGAACGAGUGCCAGGUGCUGAAGCUCCUGAAUCACCCCAACAUCACUGAAUAUUAUGAGAACUUCCUGGAAGACAAGGCUCUUAUGAUUGCUAUGGAGUACGCACCAGGUGGCACCUUGGCAGAGUUUAUUCAUAAACGUUGCAACUCCCUGUUGGACGAAGACACCAUCCUGCACUUUUUUGUGCAGAUCCUACUGGCCCUUCAUCAUGUUCACACCAAACAGAUCCUGCACCGGGACUUAAAGACUCAGAACAUUCUGUUGGACAAGCACCGCAUGAUCGUCAAGAUUGGAGACUUUGGCAUCUCCAAAAUCUUGAGCAGCAAGAGCAAAGCCUACACGGUUGUGGGGACUCCGUGCUACAUCUCCCCAGAGCUGUGCGAAGGGAAACCCUACAACCAGAAGAGCGAUAUCUGGGCGCUGGGCUGUGUGCUCUACGAGCUUGCCAGUCUCAAGAGAGCCUUUGAAGCUGCAAACCUGCCCGCCUUGGUGCUAAAGAUCAUGAGUGGGACGUUUGCUCCCAUCUCAGACCGAUACAGCCCAGACCUGCGCCAACUCAUCCUGAGCAUGCUCAACCUGGACCCUUCCAAGCGGCCCCAGCUGAACGAGAUCAUGGCCCAGGCCAUCUGCAUCAGGCCACUUCUGAAUCUUUACACUGAUGUGGGCAGUGUCAAAAUGAGAAGGCCUGAGAAGCCAUUAGCUACAGUGCCACCAGUGACCCACAACAGAGCGGGAGGAAGAGUGACCAGUGCCAGACCCAGGGGUGUUCGAGUUGGUUCAGCCAGGACUGGAAUCCCACCUCCCCUGUCUUCCAUCUACACCUGGGGCAGCGGGAUCACCACCCCCCUCCGCCUGCCCAUGCUCAACACAGAAGUGGUGCAGGUUUCUGCAGGGAGAACCCAGAAGGCCGGCGUCACUAAAUCAGGGAGGGUCAUCAUGUGGGAGGCUUCCCCAGUGGGUGCUGCUGGAGGCCCUUCUCUCCCAGGGGCCACAGAGCAGCUCCAGCCUCAGUUUGUGUCCCGCUUCCUGGAAGGUCAGUCCGGAGUGACUAUCAAACAUGUGUCCUGUGGUGACCUCUUCACAACCUGUCUGACAGACAGGGGGAUAAUCAUGACUUUUGGCAGUGGCAGUAAUGGUUGUUUGGGGCAUGGAAACUUCACUGAUGUAACACAGCCUAAGAUCGUGGAGGCAUUGCUGGGCUACGAGAUUGUGCAGGUGGCAUGUGGUGCGUCUCAUGUGCUGGCCAUUUCCAAUGAACGGGAAGUGUUUGCCUGGGGCAGAGGAGACAAUGGUCGGCUGGGGCUGGGAACUCUGGACUCCGCUAAUUCUCCCCAGCAGGUAGCUGUUCCUCCUGAACACGAGGCUCAGAAAGUCCUUUGUGGUAUUGACUCCUCCAUGGUCCUGACGGUGAAGAACCAGAUUCUUGCUUGUGGGAGCAACAGGUUUAACAAGCUGGGCCUGGAUAAGAUUGCGGAGGAGGAGGAGCCGUCCCUGGGGGAUCGGGUGGAAGAGGCUCCCACAUUCACGUGUGUCCAGUCAGGGCCCUUAAAUCAAGAGCCAGUGGUGUGUGCAGAUAUCGGAACAGCCCAUUCGGCUGCAGUCACAGCUUCUGGCCAGUGUUACACCUUUGGCAGCAACCAGCACGGGCAGCUUGGCAGCAGCACCUGCCGUACCAGCCGUGUGCCCUACCUGGUGGUGGGACUCCAAGGGAUAAAGGUCACCAUGGUGGCUUGUGGCGAUGCCUUCACUGUGGCCAUUGGAGCAGAGGGAGAGGUGUACACGUGGGGGAAAGGAGCCCGCGGGCGCCUGGGAAGGAAGGAUGAGGAGACCAGGACUCCCAGGCCUGUGCAGCUGGAGGAGACCCACCCCUACCUGGUGACCUCUGUCGCCUGCUGCCAUGGGAACACACUGCUGGCAGUAAAACCUGCAGGGGAAGAGUCGGGCCCGCAGUGAGGAAUGGGCUGAGAGGAGCGAACUGCACCACCUCCAUAUGGACAUAGCCAGCUUCCUUCUGAUCUAUAUCCUCUCCUGCCUGCCUCAGUGUUGCUCAGGCCUGGAGGACGGGGCUCUGUAGUGCAGGGGCAACACUAUGGGCUGCAUUGGUGCUUGCCAGGAGCCUGAGAACACCUAAUCUAUAGAGAAUGGAAUGCACAGAACUGAUGCCCUUAUCGUUAAUAUAGAGAUGUCAAACCCCUCAGAUCAUCAGGUGCCACUGCAUGCUGGAACCUGAAGCCUCCCCUGGCCGCUGCACCAUGGAGCAGCAUCUGCUGGGACAGGCCACAUCUCUCCAUCCAGGAUGAAGGGUGAUCAUGACCUGACUUGUAUUCAGCGGGCCCCACUCAAGCGAUUUUGCCACCAGCAAGAAGGGCCUCAGUUCAUUUUCACAGAUCCAUGAAAACUGAAUCUGGUUACAAAGCGUGGGCUGGCAGUUUUGUGUUGGAGGGAGCUGUCACUGUUUGCACCGGAACGUCUGUUGUUACAGCCCCAGGCACUAUGAUGGGUGACUAAGUGCAAAACUCUUUUACUUAAAGUCUAUUUAUUCCUGAAGAAUGUUUGGCCCAGUUGUUGACCAAGUUCAUUGCAUUUUCAAGCUACCAAAGUUCUGGGGCCAUGACCCACUUGGCCCUUCACAAGCUGCCAGAACCAGCGAGAACAGUGAUCUUGUGUGUAGGCGGCUUGGCCCUGGACUGUUCUUCCCAAGUGCCUGCCUUUAACUCUCCAAUCACAGCUUGACUUGGGUCCUUCAACCCUUAGUUCUAUAUGCCCUGGCUAAAGUUUGUUCUCAGGUCUCCUAAAGCCUGCUAGUGACCAGUUCACUGUCCAACAGCGUAGACCUCUGCUACUGAAAAUCACCAGUAUCGCAGCAAGCAGCUGUGAGUAACUGGAGGGCUAGCCCCAAUCUGACCAUGAGGAAGGAGGAGGACCUCCCCAGGGCUCUUCCUACCAGAGACUGGAGUUAUCUUUCUAUGUAACCAGAAGGAUCGUUCCCUUUUCUACUGACACCAGACUCUGGGCCAUUUGCUGAAGAGCUUGUCUCUGAUCUAUCUUAGCAGCUCUCCUUUUCACAUCUACUAUGAUACACUUGCCAGUCAAUUAUUGUGUAUAAAGGCCAUGCUUUCA